UGUAUGUGUGCCGGGCCCUCCUACCUGCUACCUGACUCGGCCUGUCAGCGGGAGCACCGAGCCUGCAUGCUGCACUGGCCAGCCACCCCGGGGAGCAGCGCCCACUGACAGCAACCGGCCCCGGGCACUCCGCCAUGGCCUCCGACAGCGACACGGAGGAGUUCUUCGAUGCCCCGGAGGAGGUGAACCCGUCUUCCCCGGCUGUAUCCCCCAUGAAAACUGGAACUUUCAUUCUACAGGAAGACUUAAUCCAUUCCGAAAAAAAUGACGUGGAAACUGGAAGCACAGAACCAAAGCCAGAUGACCCAAAAGAGAUAAUUGACAGCAUUAUUGAAGAAAGUCAGUCGUUCAUUGACUUACAUGACAAACCAACAAGAUCAAAUGGCAAGGGUGAGGUUUUGGAUUUAACAUCCAGUACAGGAAACACUGGUCAAAAUCUUCUGAACAAUAUCCCAGAACUGGUAGUCACAGAAACCAUCUUUCGUGAUGAACAAGAAGACCUACUACAAGAGCCGAUUGAAUACACUGGGUUAGAACCCAGUCAGAUAUUACAAUCAAAUGAACAUACUGCGAUUGCAGAUAUUAUAGAGUUAGUUGAAGAUAAAAAAUUUACAGACAAAGUUGAAGACUCAAAAAUCAUAAGGGUUUCGGAGGAGAUUAGGGAACCUAAGAAAGACAUUUUGGAAGAUACACCUGAAACAUCUUGCUAUGAUACCAUAGAACAGUUGGGUCCUGCAAAACCCCCCAGGCAGAUUGCAAUUGAGCCUGAUAUUGUAGCAAGUACAAAGAAAUCUACUCCUUCACGGCCUCCACCUCCAGUAAACGUUCCACCGCCACGACCACCACCUCCGGCUCGACCAGCACCUCCUCCACGCAAGAAGAAGGACUCAGAUUAUGAGAACCCAAGAUCUUCAGACUUGGAUUUUCCAAAAGAUGGCUUCCUGGCUGGGGGCCUUUUAUCGCCAAACCCAAUCACCGAUGGAUUGAACCGAGAUUCUCAGCCUUCCUUGGAUCUCGCUAGUGCCACCAGUGGAGAUAAGAUAGUGACUGCUCAGGAGAAUGGAAAAGCUGCAGAUGGACAGCUGUCUUCUACACCCAGUGAAUGCCUUGGUCCCCAAAGGCCUCGGUCUAAUUCAGGACGUGAGCUAACUGAUGAGGAGAUUUUAGCAAGUGUAAUGAUCAAAAACUUGGAUACAGGAGAAGAAAUACCUCUGAGCCUAGCUGAAGAAAAAUUGCCAACUGGCAUUAAUCCUUUGACAUUGCAUAUCAUGAGGAGAACAAAAGAAUACGUCAGUAAUGACGCAGCUCAGUCCGAUGACGAGGAGAAACUACAGUCCCAUCAGUCUGACACGGAUGGAGGAAAGCUGAAACAAAAAACGACUCAGCUGAAAAAGUUUUUGGGGAAAUCUGUGAAAAGAGCCAAACAUUUAGCAGAGGAAUACGGGGAGAGAGCGGUCAACAAAGUAAAAAGCGUUCGCGAUGAAGUUUUCCAUACUGACCCAGAUGACCCUUCCUCCAGUGAUGAUGAAGGAAUGCCCUAUACCAGGCCUGUGAAGUUUAAAGCUGCCCAUGGUUUCAAGGGACCGUACGACUUUGAGCAAAUCAAAGUGGUGCAGGAUCUAAGUGGAGAGCAUAUGGGUGCUGUGUGGACAAUGAAAUUCUCCCACUGCGGACGAUUACUUGCCUCAGCUGGACAAGAUAACGUAGUCAGGAUAUGGGUUCUGAAAAAUGCCUUUGAUUAUUUUAAUAAUAUGCGAAUCAAAUAUAACACAGAAGGAAGAGUUUCUCCCUCUCCAUCUCAGGAAAGUCUUAAUUCUUCCAAAUCUGAUACAGACAGAGGAGGGUCUAACAGUGGAGCGGACGAGUCCGACACGGAUGAUAAAAAUGCACCAUUUCGCCAGGUUCCGUUUUGUAAAUAUAAAGGGCACACGGCUGAUCUUCUUGACCUAUCCUGGUCCAAAAACUACUUCCUGCUCUCUUCAUCUAUGGACAAGACAGUCCGUCUCUGGCACAUUUCCCGGAGGGAGUGCCUUUGUUGCUUUCAGCAUAUUGAUUUUGUUACUGCAAUAGCUUUCCAUCCAAGGGACGACCGUUACUUCUUGAGUGGCUCUCUGGAUGGUAAACUUAGACUCUGGAACAUUCCUGACAAGAAAGUCGCCUUGUGGAAUGAGAUUGAUGGACAAACAAAGCUUAUAACAGCAGCAAAUUUCUGUCAGAACGGCAAACACGCAGUGAUCGGCACGUAUGAUGGGAGGUGCAUCUUCUACGACACAGAGCAUUUGAAAUACCACACGCAAAUUCACGUCCGUUCCACAAGAGGGCGAAACAGAGUAGGAAGAAAAAUCACUGGAAUUGAGCCAUUGCCAGGAGAAAACAAGAUCCUUGUUACCUCUAAUGACUCUAGAAUAAGACUUUAUGACUUAAGAGAUUUGUCUUUAUCUAUGAAAUACAAAGGCUGUGUCAAUAGCAGCAGCCAAAUAAAGGCGAGCUUCAGUCAUGAUUUCACAUAUAUUGUAAGUGGGUCAGAAGACAAAUAUGUCUAUAUCUGGAGCACAUACCAUGACCUGAGCAAGUUCACAUCAGUGAGGAGAGACCGCAAUGACUUCUGGGAAGGAAUUAAAGCACACAAUGCAGUUGUCACAUCCGCUAUCUUUGCACCAAACCCCAGCCUGAUGGUGUCACCAGAUACAACACCUGAAAUACAAGAAUCUGAAAGUAAGGGGGAACAGGCAGACACUGACAACAUACCAUCUGGUGCUUUGAAGUCUGAUCAUACGGAAGUGCUUCUAUCUGCUGAUUUCACCGGAGCAAUCAAAGUAUUCAUUAAUAAGAAGAAGAAUGUUUCUUAAAUCUGAAACUCGUAGAAUUUGCUCUGGAUACUAAUAGGAUGUUUUUACAGCAAACAAUAUCAUUAUAAGACCAGUUAAACAGAUAUUGCCAUUCUCGUAAAUCUUUGCACUGAGGUGGGCGAGGUGUGAGCCCACACUAAAAUUAUUGGGGUAUUGCCUUGUAGUCUUGUGAGAGCAGUUUUUACAGUUUCUUGGAUGUCUGUAGUGGCCAGUCUUAGGCAAUCCUAAAGGGCACCUGUUUAUACAUAAAUUACAUGGAAACAUAUACAAAGUUUCAUCUAUACAUUGUGCAAGGCAUAUUGCUGGCAGAAUCAUAGACGACAUUUUCUUAAAAUAUUAAUAAAUACCAAGGAUAAGGGUUAUACAGUCAUCAGCACGUGAACUAUGACUGUUCCAGUCUGUGAAAUGCAAGACAACAACAUAAUAGUAUCUGGGAUUAAGAUGCAAGUGGGAACUUUCACAGUAAAACAA